AUGUGCUCCAGACAAAGCUCCGGGGGUUGUCACGGGAUGUCCUCCCAGUCCAGCGGUUGCCACAGCCAGGGCUCCGGUUGCCACGGGAGCGGCUCCUCCGGUUACCAAUCCCAGGGCUCCUCCUGCUGCGGGGUCGGAGGGGGCUCCGGCAAAGUCAUCAUCAGCUCCGGUGGAGGAGGAGGAUCCUGCUGCAGUGGGGGCUCCUCGGGAUACGGGAUGGGAGGGGGAUACGGUGGAUCUUCGGGAUCAAAGAGCAUCGUUGGAGGAAGCAGUGGAGGAUCCUCUGGAUGCUGCAGUGGAGGGUCCAGCUAUGGGAUGGGAGGAGGAUAUGGGGGAUCUUCGGGAUCAAAGAGCAUCAUUGGAGGAAGCAGUGGAGGAUCCUCUAGAUGCUGCAGUGGAGGAUCCUCAGGUUAUGGGAUGGGAGGAGGAUACGGUGGUGGCUCCUCAGGAGGGAAAACCAUCAUUGUAGGGGGAGGCAGUGGAGGCUCCUCUGGAUGUUGUAGUGGAGGAUCCAGCUAUGGGAUGGGAGGAGGAUACGGGGGAUCUUCAGGAUCAAAGAGCAUCAUUGGAGGAAGCAGUGGAGGCUCCUCAGGUUAUGGCAUGGGUGGUGGAUACGGUGGUGGCUCCUCAGGGACAAAGGUCAUCAUUGGAGGGGGAAGCAGUGGAGGCUCCUCUGGGUGCUGCAGUGGAGGGUCCAGCUAUGGAAUGGGUGGAGGAUAUGGUGGCUCUUCAGGAUCAAAGAGUAUUAUUGUAGGGGGAGGCAGUGGAGGCUCCUCUGGAUGCUGCAGUGGAGGGUCCAGUUAUGGGAUGGGAGGAGGAUACGGUGGUGGCUCCUCAGGAGGGAAAACCAUCAUUGUAGGAAGCAGUGGAGGCUCCUCUGGAUGCUGCAGUGGAGGAUCCUCAGGUUAUGGCAUGGGUGGAGGAUAUGGUGGUGGCUCUUCAGGAUCAAAGACCAUCAUUGGAGGAAGCAGUGGAGGCUCCUCUGGAUGCUGUAGUGGAGGAUCCAGCUAUGGAAUGGGAGGAGGAUAUGGUGGCUCUUCAGGAUCAAAGAGUAUUAUUGUGGGUGGAGGUAGUGGAGGCUCCUCUGGAUGCUGCAGUGGAGGGUCCAGCUAUGGAAUGGGAGGUGGAUAUGGGGGAUCUUCGGGAUCAAAGAGCAUCAUUGGAGGGGGAAGCAGUGGAGGCUCCUCUGGGUGCUGCAGUGGAGGAUCCUAUGGAAUGGGAGGAGGAUACGGUGGUGGCUCCUCAGGAGGGAAAACCAUCAUUGUAGGGGGAAGCAGUGGAGGCUCCUCUGGGUGCUGCAGUGGAGGGUCCAGCUAUGGCAUGGGAGGAGGAUACAGCAGUGGUUCCUCUGGCCAGACCAUCAUCAUCAGCUCUGGAGGUGGCAGUGGAGGCUCCUCCCAGCAGAAAUGUCCCGUUGUCAUCCCCAGCGUGGUGUCCCACCAGACCAAGCAGAGCUCCUACUGGCCUGGCCAGUGGAAAAAUGUCUCUGCUGAGAUGUUGCACUCCAAAGCCACCCGGUUUAUUGUCCCAGAGGUUUUGCACCUUCAUUUCCCACCUGGGCUCUGCCAGGGAGGAACAGAAGAUCCCAAAAUUCGAAGGAACCACGGCACCAACACCCUUCGGUGCCUGGGCAUGAUCUACCACUAUCUCCGACGGAAAUGUUCCCGGCGGGGUCGAGGCUACAACCGGGACAUCUCCGUGAGCCACCGCCGCUUCUGCAGCGGCUCCUUCUCCGACGGCCGCGCCUCCUUCACCUACGGCGGGGAAGGUUCGGUCACCUACAACCGGAGACCCCCGCAGUGCUGGCCACCCUUGCCAGCCUCAUCCCCCUACAACAUCCCAGUGGGCUCCUCGUGUGACGGCCACGCGUGCCCCGUGGCCACCGGAGGGCUCACGUCGGGUUGGGAGGAGGCGACGACGGGAGCGGUGCCGGUUUACGGUUCCGGAGUGACAACGGGGUACGGCGAGGAUGUGGGACGAAGGGAUUUAGGAGCAGGGUAUGGGUAUGGAGCAACCCUAAGUGACAGCUCGGCCACGGGGGUGGUCACGGAAGGCUCAGGGGGCUACGGGGGAUACGGAGCUGUCACAUUCCCCAGCGUGGAGCUCGACCCUGCGGGAGGCGAGUGCGCCCAGGUGGUGCAGCAGAAAUGUCCCGUGGUUGUCCCCACCGCCAUCAAGGCCCAGCAGUGCAAGCAGAGCACCCAGUGGCCUCCCAUCCAGAAGAAGUGA